UCGCUCUUAAGGAUACUGAAUCGGAAGGAAGUACUUUAUAUUUGGAUCCAACGUUGACUAUGUUCUACAUUCAGAUGUGAAUUACAUAUAUACCAGUUUUCUUUUGUUUAUCCUUUUUAUACAAAAACAAUUAGAUUAUUAGGAAUUUAUCAAAAUUUGUUUAGCAUCUUAAGAAAAGGGAAAUGAACUUUUGGCAAAAGAACAGAUAAUUUACGAACGAAAGUUUGCUGUAACUGACAUUGAGAAUGAAUGGUACUCCGCUGGAAAUUCCUGGCUUUUACUAUGAUUCAACUCGCAAUAGAUACUUUCGAAUCGCUUCACAAGGAAUAUCUACUCCAUCUGCAACUGAAUAUACAAGGGAACAUUUAAAUCAAGAUAAUAAUCGAAAAAGAAGUAACUCUAAGGCCGAAGAGCAGAUUACAACCAAAAAGCAUCAUCGUAACUUAUUGCCUAGUUUAAAUAAGUACUUAUUCGGCCGUCAAUUAGCAGGCACCUAUGGGAAUUUCUUGAAUGCAGGUCUUUUAGGUCAACGAGGUCGAAAAAUAACUUUUUCCCCUUCUUUACAGGGGAUCAGUCUACAGAAAGUUCAUUGGGUUCCGGGAUUAAACAAAUAUAUAUUUUCGUCCAGCAGGGGCGACUUGUUUGUUUCAUCUCUCAACUCAGAUAAUGAUUUAUAUUUGCAUGAUGCAGAAUUCUCAACGAAUAAUGGAAUGGUGACACAAAGUAUUAAUGUCGCUCGUCUUGGCUUGUCGCCCUCUUCUAUAACAUCUCUUUCUUCAAAUUUUGGAACACGCCUAUUUUGGACUACCCUUAGCUCACAGUCGACUGAAAGUAAAGCUCAUAUGUGUAGUUAUAAUAUCUCCCAAGAGUCCCCAGAGAAUUAUACUCAAUCAUCGCUACGAUCAAUGAAAACUCCCCACUGCUCUGAGUUUAUCAAUGGAAUUGGAUUUGCAGUGGGUGGCUCAAAUAAAGUCACCUUGUUAAAUGAGGAAGGUGUUUUCUUGAGAAACCUACAUUCCAAGGGUGACGUGUUUACUUUAACUGCAGUUGAUCAAAAUAUCUUGGCUGCCGGAUGCAGAAAUAAAUCUGUUUUAUUGUAUGAUUUAAGAGCCCCUAGCAAAAACAUAUGUCGAUUUGCUCACGAUGCGAGUGUAUGUUCAACAGCCCUUGUCGAUUCGGCUGAACCGAAACUUUUAGUAAGUGGAUUAGUCUCUACGAUUUCUUUGUACGAUUUACGCUUUGUAAGGCAUACCUCAAAGGUAAACCAUUUAAUGUCUUAUGCUGGACAUUCCAACUUGAUAGAACGUAACUUAGCAUUUAUGUGUAAUGAAAAAGGUACUCUUUUUGGAGCAGCAGGUGAUGAUUCACAUGUUCGAUUCUGGAAUAUAGAUUCUUCUGAGAUAUUGGCAGACUUUCAACCAGAUACCACUGCAACGAAUACGUUACAACCGGAUGGAACUUGGAUAAAAUCAAAAGACACAGAAGGCUGGCUACUACUUGUUAAUGAUCGUGUACACUUUUAUGAAUCAUGAACACCAAAAAAAUAGUGAGAAAUGUAUUAUUAAUAAAAUCAACGUUAAAAGCUAAAGAAAGU